GGCAAGCUGGUGCGGAGAACUGAGCAACAUGGCUGACAGCAAGGCCAAGUCUGCCAAGGCCGCCAACAAGACACCCCCCAAGUCCCCAGGGGACCCCGCAAAGGACAGGGCAGCCAAGAGGCUGUCACUGGAGACAGAAGGGGCCACUGAGGGGGCAGCUGCCGCGGCCCCAGAGCUCAGUGCCCUGGAGGAGGCCUUCCGGCGGUUCGCCGUGCAUGGGGACACCAGGGCCACCGGGAAGGAGAUGCACGGCAAGAACUGGUCAAAGCUGUGUAAGGACUGCCAGGUCAUCGACGGGAAGAACGUGACCGUCACGGACGUGGACAUCGUCUUCAGCAAAAUCAAAGGGAAGUCCUGCCGGACCAUCACGUUCGAGCAGUUCAAGGAGGCGCUCGAAGAGCUCUCCAAGAAGAGAUUCAAAGACAAGAGCAGUGAGGAGGCCAUCCGCGAGGUGCACAGGCUCAUCGAGGGCAAGGCCCCCAUCAUCUCGGGGGUGACGAAAGCCAUCUCAUCGCCCACCGUAUCUCGGCUCACGGACACGACCAAGUUCACGGGCUCCCACAAGGAACGCUUCGACCCGUCAGGCCGGGGCAAGGGCAAGGCGGGCCGUGUGGACCUGGUGGACGAGUCGGGCUACGUGCCGGGCUACAAGCACGCGGGCACCUACGACCAGAAGGUGCAGGGGGGCAAGUAGCCAGCCCGGGAACGGCCCCUCCUGCGAGGCCUGCACCACCUCACACUUCAUUACAUUCCUGUGCUCCCUGGUCAGAACUCAAGACUCUGGGGCCCGGGCUGUGGGGGCGACACCCAGGCCUCCUCCUGCCCGGGGGCCAGCACGCUUCUCUCUGACCCCCGGGAGGGGCCCCUGAACUCACUGACCUUUUAUAACACACCUGCCUCGUCCAACGCCGGCCAUCCACAAAUGGCCUUUCCCGAAGUGUCUCCCGGGACCAGACCACACUAGCCGCCGGGCUCACAGGCCAAAGGGCCACUGUACAGGAGCCGGUGGGCCAUUGGGGUGAGCGGGACAGACCCUGUCAGAGGCAGCACCAACCUCCUGACCUACAGACCCCACCCAGAAGCCUCGAGGGCAACAAGAGCUAACUCACUAAUAGCAGCACCAAGGAAACAAAGUGAGCCCCGAACAGGACACCGUGCGGGUGUGGGGAGGUGCCCGCGCACGCGCACACACGUUUGCAAACGCUCGCGCACUUGCUUGUACACACAUGGUGACGCACACGCACACACGUACACACGUCGCAUACCCAGAGGCUGGCGAGCGAGGGAGGAAGGUGAGCCAGGGAGAGGCUCCGCAGUGGACCAAAGGAACGUGGUUUGAAGUGCGAAGCCCGAGGAUGACAAAGUGGAAAGUGAGGGCAGACAGUUCACCUCCCUGUGCUAAGAAGGAGUAAGACGUGUUUAUUCUCAGAUUGGGUCAGGGAAGACUGGGAAUACCCUGUUUCUGCCCCUUUUUCUCCUGCCUCCUGUGUUUCUGGGUCAGGAGACCCUGCUGGCUGAGGCAUCCCACGCAGGUGCUUUGCUGGCAGGACCAGGCAUCUUCUGCCCGGGGCCCUGCCCUGCACUUGGGGCCUCAGGGCUGUGGGUCCACGUGGCCGCUCCGUCUUCGCUAGCAUGCGGCACAAACCUCAGUGGUUCAGUCUCUGCAGUGAGUUCUCCCUAACCUCUCCUGACCCCUGCGGAGUGCAGAGAACCCACGACAGCCGGGCUGGGGAGGGCCCCGAGGCCUGCGGCAUUUGCUGGGAUUUGGUUUCUCUGUGAGGCUGGACAGGGGGCAGAGGACUGGCGCUCCUCUCACCGUGGCCCCACUGGGGUAUGUCCCUUUGUGUAAGCUCAGCCAAGCCUGGCGAGUGACUGGUGGGCUAUGUGGUCCUGGCUGCAGGCCUGGGAAAAAGCUCACGGAAGCCUCAGGGAGAUGCUUCCUGGAGCCCGUCCACCCCGCCACUGUUCUGUGUCCAGGGCAGCCGGCUGACCGGGGGUACCCCCUUCCUGGGCACAGCGUGGCGCACAGCACAGGCGGCUGAAAUAAAGACCAGCAUGGUGGCGGCACAGGCACCCACGUCCCUGAGCCCAAAGAGCACGACGGUCAUUGCUGGAGCCGGGGAUGGUCCCCCGUCUGCACAGAAGAGCUUGGGACCCAUGCUCCCACCCAGCACGGCCCCUGUGAAGGGAUGGCAUCUCCGGUAGGCUCCUCACUCAUGGGCCUCCCCUCACACCCCCGGCAGGGCCUCAACCAGCGGUGGGCACUGGCCUUGCCAACAGCUUCCUUCAGAGGGUUUGGGACUUGCCAGUGCAUUCAAGCAGAGGAAAUGAUGGACAGCGGGCUUUGAGUCACUUGUAAGACACAGUCUCACCGCUGUCUCCACUUUCUACCCUGGGGAUCCUGAGCUGCCUGGCCAGGCCUCCACUCCAUGGCGGGGAAGGCAGGACCACAAAGGACCGAGUGCUGGGGGAGAGAGAAGCAGGCAGGACACGGGACCCCCGCCCUGCACGCCUCCAUCCUCCCCCAGGCUGGACCCUUGUGACGACUCAGAGGCAAGAGGAGAACGUGGGAAAUGUGUCUGAAGACAACUCUGAAUGCGACAUGUGUCUCUCACAAGCGGAUCACACACCGGAAAGCUCUGUGUCCAAAGCCGAAGAGGUUUUCCUUAGUGGUCACAGAACAGGCCUCCCCUCCAGACCCCGUGAGGCACCGUGCUGGGGAGCGCCAGCCCCCAUCAGCAGCUGGGUCCCCACUGUCACAGCUAACAGUGAAGCAUGGAUGCUGGAAUCCAGCAGGACCUCGGCCCCACAGUGCGCAUCCUCGGCGGUGAGCAAAGGGGUGGGGGUCCCUGUGCCACUGUCUGUAUGUACAGGGAAUGGAUAUCCCCUGGCCCUUCACAGACCCCUUACCCCCCGGAGUCUGUCUCCUGUCCCAGGGCAGGGUCUCUAGGCAAAACACCCUGGGAGACUGGGAUCUAAACAAGAGAAACCACACAGCUGCCCCCCCUUCAGGGACCCUGCCACAGCGCCGGCCCCACAGUGGGAGCCCCCGUUUUACACAAGAAACCAGUGCCACAGCCUGCGGAGCCCAGCAGCUUGACAGGAAACCAACGGCUCACUUCUGACGAAUGUUCCCGAAUGCGUUCCUGACUGUUCUAAUGGCAGCUUCCCUUUGGGCUUGAGUGAAAACCGAGUGCGCUCAACUGGUCCCCCUUGGUGGCCCACCCCAUCCCACAGCACCAAGGUCCGGCUGGCCACACAGGCGCUGUGGUCUCCACUGCUUCCCCUGCCUGUCCCCAAGGACCCCGAGGCCGCCUCAGACGGCAUCCUCCCCCAGUCAGAGCCUCCCCUCUGUCAGGAAAGGGAGAGAGGUGGCAAAGACUCAGUCACGAGGCUUCAGUGGUCACCAUCCUGCCGGCUUAAAACCAUCUGCUCAAUCCGUCCCUGCACCUGCGUGUAGCCCUUGCACACAGAACACGUGCUUGGGCUGCCCCGCGCACACGCGCACGCGCACACGCACACGCGCACACGCAUGCUCCUCCGUCAGGGUCUGAACAGUGAGAACACACAGGCGGAGGGUGUGUCUUUGCCGCAUGUUUUAUGCCUCUACUAACCACGGUUAACUAAAACCCCAACGUCCAUCUGUGAAUCAACGAGACUGCACAGCACGCAGGAGACAGGACGCGUUCUGUCAGGGAGGGCGGAGCACCAGAAGGCAACCGUAGGGGGGAGGAGGGUGUGCGACACUGAUCACACCAGAAUACUUAUUUAUUUCUAUUUAACGUCAUAGGAUGGGCAACGAGGCCGUGGUCAGUAACACAGUUAGCUUUACCAAAAUGAAGUUCAAAUCACGUAAGUUUAGAAUGUUGUAGCAAAAGGUAUAUAUUUAUACUGGAGUAUUUUUACACCUCUAAUACCCUCAGUCCUAAGUUUGAGGCAGAUGGAAAUCCUAUCAGAUGCGAGAAGCCGGGGGACAGGGACGCAGAGACGGUCACUGGCACCGUGUCCCGUCUAUGCUGCUCUGUCCCCGUGGUCGCUCAGCACAGCCCAUGGGCGUCCCUCUGACUGCGUGGUGGACAGGGACUGUGGCAGUGGGCCGACGCGCGUGCCUGCGACCAGGCGGCUUCCGUGAAUGGUUUUCCGGCCCCCGCCACCCCCCUGUGCUCAGGCACCGUCUGUGGCUGCUUCUGCACCACGUCGAGUGGUGGGAGGAACCUAACAUCUUCCCCAUCUGGCCCUUCAUGGGGAAAGCGUGUGCUGGCCCCGCCCUGCGGCCUGUGCCACACAGGACUCCCUGUCGUCACCUGUCCCGUGCAGGCCAGGUUGACAAUUCAGCUGUACUGUGAAGUUACCAAUAGUCUAGAAUGUCCUUAAAACACUGACCCUGAGUAGCUUCCCACCACUGAUUUACUACUGAACACUUGGUGGAACUGGGCGGUUCAGGGUGCGGCCCUUGUCCAGGGGCGUGUGGAGCCAUGGCCCCGUGUGGGGCCGGGCAGCAGUCACCCUGACCUUUGAGAUGCUUUCUCUCUCCCUUUAGACUCUUGAAACACCAAAUCAAGCCAAACAACAAAGGAAACCCGCACAACUUAAAAGAAACUUGAAAGGGAUCGUAUACUACUAGUUUGUACUAAGUUUUUUUCAGGAAAGGGAAAUAAAUUUAUAUAUAUAUGCAAUAUAUUUUUACACUGUUUUGUUACCGUUAGGGAGUUCUGAGUGUAUCACUUUAUCAGCAUGAUGGUAGAGUAGCGUCGACGUCUUGGGUGUUCUGACUCAGAAAGGCACGUCCGCGGGCAUCGAAGAGCCGCACUCACCAGGAACGUCUGUGGGAUCUGGGUGGCCCUCCUCUCCCUCCCCAGAGCGUGAGGCACGGUGUCACCUAUCAGGGCUGCUGUCGAGGCCUGGCUUGCAAACCUUUAGUGAAACAGCUCAUGUCUGUCUGCACAUUUCUCCUCCUGUGUUCGCUGUUGUUAACAUUGUGUGUCCAAUUGGUAAAGUGAUAAAUAAAGGUGUUGAAAUGUGGCUCUCUGUUGCCCUCAAGGUGCCAUGUCUUUACUAGCAGUCACGCAUGGGGCACUGACAUUUAACACAGACAGGCCCUGGGAGGGGCCGCGGUGGGACCAGGCGUGGUCUAAUGGAGUGCGGGUGCAGCCCCCGGGUGGGGGCCAGACCCAGAAGGACGCACAUGGAGUCAUUACACACAACUACAGCAGCCCCGGAGACAGGAGUGCAUCCUCAGACACGUUCCAACCAGCAAUCCUAUGCCAGUGGUACGGUUUCCGAAAAUGAGAGAGAGGCAUUCUACGACCCUACCGGGAAUUUUCACCAGUAGACAUUAAAAGCAAUUCUAAGUGCAGAGGAACAUGCCCACAGAUGGAGUGUCUGGAGGGAAGCGGCACAGAGAACAAACAGUGAACACAGGUGAACAGUGUACACAGGGCUUUGCGUGGGAAUAAAGAUCUCACUGAGACACUGGAAAACCAUCCCAUUUAAGCCAGAAGGGGUGCCCCUGGAGGUAUGUGCUCCUGGACGCAAUGGGGAGAGAGCAGAGGUCCUGACCCAACAGGCACCCUUGCACUGCAAUAAUGCACCAGAAAGAGCGCUCGGCUUCCAAACCCACAGAGGAGAGCAUGGUGAGGAAAAUAACCUAAACACGGCAACAGCAGAGGGGAGACAGUCACAGAAGAAACGGAACAGAACAACACACGUCACUACGGGUUACAGCCGCUGACCCAGCAAGAGAAGGAGAAUGAUCAAGGGAUGUCUGAAAGCCCAACGUGUCCGUAAUUUCAGCUGCAGACGCAAAGGGACAGAAGCCGCAGUGCAGGAGAGAAAGUGAGGAGAGCACGUGAACGAGCAGCACGCACGCCGGCCAGGAGACAGGGCGGCCUCCAGGAAGUGGGGAGGACGCCGGAGCAGGACACACACCGGGGCUCGCCCGCGAUGCAGGAGCCCCACAGCUGGCCCUCGUGCCCCGCCUGCGCCAUCACCAGUGAGGGGCACCCCGGUGGGUCCCUGACUCGAGAGGUGAGGCAGAGCCAUCUUUCACCUGCAUCCCUUUCCCUGAACAGCAAGGUCUUGCUUAAGGGACAACUGCCCAGCACCUGUCACAGGGACACAACC